CCAAAAACCGGAAGAAACGGAUUACUGAUUUGACAGGUAUCAGGUAGUCUCAGGGUUAUAUACCAGUCCUCCAUCGACGAAGCUUCAAUAUCAUGGCGGUAACUCAUGCCGAUUUAGCCAUUAGCCGGAGAGGCACAGCUCUCGGGAGCAAAUUGCCCACAUGCGUCUUCCUUCUCUGUGCAUUAUUAGGCCUCCUGGCAUUUGUAUUUGGCUUUGUUGCAGAGAUCACCAGAACAGAGAUAAUAUGGAUUGAGCUUGAGGAUAGAGGAAUGAAGUGCAUGUACAGUAAUGAUGGGUGGUCUCCUCUGGUGUCUGCUUUGAGUUCAAUUCUGUCUCUGGGGAUGGCUGUGGGCGUUGGCCAAGCCUAUCUGUGGCUGGUCCUCUGCACUGCUAAUGAAAAUGAUCAGUUUCGCCUUUUGACAGCUUGGACAGAAUUUGAUUCCAGGAAUUACAUAUUGCUCCGGUGGCUCGCUGCUGGCUCCUUCUUGAUUUCUUGGAUAUGUUUUGGAUUUGCGGCUGUGCUUCUGGCCGUGGGUAUUGUGGUGGAAGCAGGGCAUAUAGAAAGAUGGGGUGUGCCUAGAGAUGAUUGUAGAGCGGUGAGAGAAGGGGUCUUUGCAGCAGCAGGAGUGCUUGGAUUGGUUUCAUCUUCAAUGGGCGUUGCAUUCUAUAUCUGUGCAGUGCAGACCGAAAGAUCACUGCAGGAAGAAGCAAGAAUACGCACAGAGGUCCUGGAGGCCACUGCGGACUACACCCCUGCUUUCCCUGAACAAUCCAUGGAAGAACUUCCUCAAUCCCAACCCAAGUGAUCAUUCUGUAAAAAGUGAAAGCUAGAAUGCUUGCCGUUCUUCAUAUUAGUCAAUGCAAAUUAAGCCCAAAAUUCAAAAUGGAUUUCAUCGAAUUUUUUUA